GAAACCUCCUAUACAGCCCAGCUGCCCGACUUGAAAGCGAAAUGUAUUAAAUGUCGAAUAAAAAGACGGGAUGCCGGCCCAGUAAGUAAGAAGAGAAUGAGAGAAAGAAACGUCCACGGGACGAACGAAUUGAAAAAUGGAAAUACAGAAACCAACCAAAUGAGUGUUAUUUAAAGAUCGGACGGCCGAACUUGCGACCCCAAGCGUCUCCGCGACGUUUCACGUCUCAGCGUUGCGCGGCUCACCUCCUAUCGUGAUCUGCGCGAUCCACCAAAGACGUGUCGUAUCAUGUUCCUAGCGCGCUCGCCAUCGGAUGACAUAGCCCCCUACAUUAUCAUAUGGAACGGUUCGCACCCAUCAAAUCGUAAAUCCAAUUUAUGCGCCGGGUACGAUAUAUGAAAAUCAUAAAAAAGACAGCAGUACCUAUAAUUCUAGUUACAUAUUCUUCCAACUCCUUUAAACUUAACCUUUCCUUAUAUUGGGUCCCUAGAUAUUAUGUGUUGUACUUAUAUCUUCUUCUUACUUGUAGCUCAUACCUACCUGGCCUAGGUAUUUAUUUCAACGACAACAGCAACUGCUCUCCUGGUUAUGAUGCUGGUUCUUAUGCUGCUGCUACUGUUGAUUGUACGCGACUCGGUAACUGGUCUGGACGCUAUUAUCAUAACCCCUGGAUGCUCCAAGAUUAUGACCGCUCGACGCUCCGGCACAGUAACUAUUUAUAAGCCCUCUAUUAUACGCAUAAUAGACAGCACGAUCUUUCUCAGGAACAUUCUGGCCUCUAGACGACUAGUUUGGUACCAUUGGUCGUAUUCUUGUAGCUUUUGAUGUUAUUCAUACGCCAUUUCCAGGUAAACCACUACACAUAAACGGCGUAGUUACGCUGAGUGUGCCAUGUCGUUAGAGUUGACGGUGGAAACAUUAGGUACCUACCUACCUCUAGGUAGUUAUUAACUCCUAUUACAUGGGAUGACGCCGAUAAUUUUAAAGACGCCUAUUCUAGAGAAGAAAAUACGGGCUUAUAAAAGAUACAGCCCUCUGAAAUAUCUCUAGUGUUUAAGGCAAUCCGUUGAUAGUACCAGACUUAUCAGCUUGCCUGUAAAGAGUGGUUUCAUUGAGCGCCAUCGUCAGCGUGUCAUCCUAAGAAUCCUCCGUAAAAGCUUGGUGGUCUCAUAGUUGAACUAUCAAGUGCUAGUUAGGCC